AUGGAGAUUGCUAAGGAAAAGCAACAAGCAAAGAAAAAGAAAAAACCCAGGGACAAAGCAGAAGCAACUGUUGUAAAAGUUGAGAAAGAUGAUGAAAAAGUUUCAGUGUCAAAUGUAAUGGAUUCUGAAAGGGAAGUUGAUAGUAAAAAUGUAUUGAAUAUAGAAAAAGAUCAGUUAGCUGCAGGAAGUUCUAUUAUAAAUCAAACCUUAAACUCUACAGUGGUUACAAAAAUUACUGAACACUUAAGGGAUCAAUCAGAAAUUAUUGACCUGAGUACUUCAAACCCUACUACAAUUUCGAAAGAUAUCACAAAAAACAAUGAGAAAUCAGAAAAUAAACCAGUUCUUCAUGCAGAAGUGGAAGGACAUAACGAAUUCAGUAAACUCCUAGACAAAAGUAAGGAACUUAUAAACAUUAUAAAGUUGACAGAAAUAUCAGAGAUCGAAGUUCCUAAAGUAGUUGAUGCAAAACCUCACGUUCCUUCUGUCAUAAAGCCUUAUACUGAAGAGCAACUGAGUGCGUUGUACCAUAAUGGAGAGCUAGAAACUGUUGAUGCCUUCAUUUCACAAUAUGUAGAAGCUGAACUGAAAGGCACAGCAAUCAUACAACAUAAACUGUAUCAUUUACUGAAAACUUAUUUGCGUUUGAAAGAGAAAAUAACUGGAAACACAUUGGAACUGGAUCAGAUUCGCAAAGAGUAUGUUGCACUCCAGAAAGAUUUGUGGACGAUUGAAUCUGCUACGGUUACUGGAAAGGGAGAGUGUCAAGAUGGAACAGUGGUGACGACUUCUCAUUCUUAUAACAAAAGUAUCUUCCAUAGAUCAGUUUUCCAAAGCAUAAUAAGAAUUUUGGGGAACGUGCAAAAGUUAACAUACGAAAAUCAUACUCUGUAUGCUUAUUCUGCCGAAGAAGUACGUUUACAGAUUGAACUGUAUCUUCAAAGUGUGAUGUUGAACUGUAUGAACGUCACACAAUUGGACAGGAAUGCCCCCGUCGCUCUGACAUUACAAGCCGAGCCCCAACAUUUGGCUCCUUAUUUUGGAGAACUCAGGAUAUGCAUUUCCAUACUGUUCGCCUUCCAACGGAUGCUGAUCAGAGAAGUGGAAUUCGUUAAGGAGACUAGAACUUGGUUGAAGCAGUUGAUUGCUAUACUGCUGAGGGUGGCAAAUUAUCAGGAUCAUUUGUUCAUCUUGAAUCACGUCUUAAGGUGUCCAGCAGGUGUGAGCAACUGGGCCUCGUGCUUCGUCCAAACCCCCCUGGCUUCCAGAACGUGCGAAUCUCCGUUCGCGAACCUCCAAAUAAACCACGUGCUCACCAUCCUGGCCACCAUUCUCACUCCCAUCAGGGAGAGAGAGCGCUUCCUGGAAGACAUCGCCCAGGGCAAGGAAAUGGCAGGCGAGGCCCUUUGGGUGUUGGUGGACUCGGAUGGGGAGGAAGACGAGAAUAUUGGGGUGUCCUUGAAGGAGAACGAUCUGGUCGGGUUGCUGAAUCAGCUGCCGCUGGACGAGCUGUUCAGGAAUGUGUUGCUGAUCCAGCACAGGGACUACCAGGAUUUUUAUGACGUUACUUCGAUUACCGAACACCACGUUCUGAGAUACUUCGCCUUUUCGACAGUGCUGCUGAGAAUAUUGUACAAAGGCAUCCAGACUUACGAUCAACCGAGGUACAACCAGUUUUCGAAAAGGUUGAGUCGUUUUAUUCGGCAUGUGGCACAGUACGCGACGGACCAGUGGGAGCAAUUUCUCAAGGUACAAAAUGUCGAAGACAAGGCGAUGCUCGACCGCCUCCAAGUCGAAUACGACGCGUUCUUCCUCCGCGCCAUCCACUACCUCUACUCCGCGCAUAAGCCAGGCGCCUGGCAGUUCCUCGCCGUCAUACCCUAUCACAUGGUCUCCGCGCAUGCGCUGUGGCGCAUCUUCCGUUUCCUGCACAGCCUCGACAGCGAGGCGCAAGACAUCCUGCGGCCGCGAGCGGAAGAGGACGCUUUGAGGCCUCAAAGAGAGGAGGUGUGGGAGCGGAAAGCGAGGGGGCAGUUCGAGGAGAAGCUGGCGGGGUUGGAAGAUGGGGAGGUGUACUAUCUGUUGAACACUUUCGCUAAUAUGGCGCUGGCGAGGGGGGAUGGGGAUAUGGAGUUUAUUUUUGCGGCGACGAUGGAUUUGUUGGAGGUCGGUUUUGUGAGCGAAGCGACCCAAGAAAGUUGUUCGAAAUCAUCCAGAAUAUUGUUGACACAUAUCACAUCAAAGCACCCCCACUUGCUGACCAAUAUUUUGAAAGUAGUGAAGGAAAAUAUGGAUAAGAUCGGUCCUUUGGCAUUGUACUUAUAUGAAGAAUUGCCUCUAUCCAUAUGGAAAAUCACCGAGAACGAUAUGGAGAUGAUCUCAAGGUUGUUACUGAAUCACAACUCUGUGUCUAGUAAUGAAAACAAAUUAUCCAGAAUGAUUUUGUCGAGAUUGGACUGGGACAAGAUACCGUAUGAAAUACACUGCGAUGUUGCCAUUUUGGUGGUGAACGCCGUUUUCCAAAAUCCGGCCAUGGAAAACUGGGCAUGGCAAACGAUUUUGAGAUUGAAACUGCAUAUCAACGAUAAGGCUUUCAAGGAAAUAGGAAGGGUACAAGAAGUUGAGAUGUAUGAUACUUUAAUGAAAGGUUUGAGGGAACAAAACACCUUGGCGAUAUUCGUAACAAUUCUGAUGACCACCUGGGGUCACCUGGUUCCUCUGAUCUGCACCAAGGGCUUCUCACAGCUAGUCUACCUCCAGACCCAGGAAAAACACGAAGCGGUCCUUUUCGCUCUCUUCCUAUUGGUCCCGCUCUUCAUCGACAGCCAGGAGUGCAUAAUCAACCUGGAAAAGUUCCAGGAAAUUAUCCAGAAUCUACUCGGGGCCGACAGAGGCUACAUUUCCAUGGCCAAAAGUCUGGUGUACGCCCAGAACACGGUGUUGCAGCAAUUCGGCAACAUGGUCGAGGCACAGAUCAGCAAUUUCGCCUACUACGACCUUGACAGUCCGAGGUGUUUAGUGAGGUUAUGGACGAAUGCUCUGGUGUCGUUGCCUGGUUGGAAUAAGGAUGUGGGGGUGUUGUAUCUGUUGGAUGUCAUCGUGAGGACUGCGUUUCUGCAUGCUGACGCUUUAGAUGUCGUUUCUAAUAUACUGAGGGAUCAACAGCAGUGUGGUACUCCGCAAGAAAAUUCCGGUACCAUUAGUUCCUUGUUCAAAUGGGUAUCGAAUAACAAUGUCAACGGCAGCUUGAUACCGAAUUCCCUUGCCAACAACACUUGGCUUGCUUAUUUGAUGAUAUCAGUUGAGCACGAGGAAAGGGAAUUACAUACCGGACUUUGGAACGAGGUUUUGGUUCAGUUGGGCAAACAAAAGGGCAAGAUCAACGUUGACCAAGCCAUCAAGAAAGCUGCAAGUGUGGUAAAAUGCCCUUCGUUCACUUCAGGAUACCUUUGUGUGUUCCGUUGGGCUCAACAAGCUCUGGAUACUUCCUUAGAUCACCCUUUGCUACCCUUAUUGUGGCAAAAUUUCUUUUGUUUGUAUUUAGCGCGUAUUCCCACCGCGAGUGUGACAGAAAGAUCUUGCGUUGGGGAAAAAUUCUUUGAUGGAUUGGUUAACUUUGCGUUUCUCAAGAGGAUCAAGCGUAGGUUGCAGGAAUCGGUGGACUAUUUCCAGAGCAAACUGGAUGUGAAAGAUGAGGAGAACGACGAGUUGGAUAAGAAGCAAUUCUAUCAGGGAUGCCGCAACGUUUUCAGAGCAUUCCUGCUAUGGCUGGAGGAGCCUAGGCUGCAGGAGAAUAACAUUCUGCUCAAGAGUUUGCCGCCUCAGUACGAUCCUGCUUUGUUGGCUACAAUAAUGUUGGGUAGUAAAACACCUUGGUACCAAUUCAUAGACUAUGAGAAAAUAAAAAAAGAACAGCAAUUGCACGUUCGAAUUUGGCGUAUAAACAAUUUCCGGGAGAAAACUAACGUUAACCAGCCGUUGUUGAAUGCGGGAAGCAGAGUGGAAAGUGAUGAUCCUGUGGAGAGGAUAUUGAGGAGAUUGACUUCUUAUGACUGUCCGAAACCGGCUCCGGAUAUAGUUAUUUCGGCUCCAGUCAUCCCGAUUAUUGAGUUUGGUGGUAGGGAUGAGAUGUUCAAGUCUCUCGAGCAGUCUUUCAAGAAGGUGAAACAAUCCGCUCACAGUCACGCCCUCAAACUGUCCGAGCAUAAGGCCCUCGAUAGCGCCUUCAAAGAGUUGAUACCCCAACUUUACCGUUCGGUUUUACACAAGAUCAAGAAAAGCGUGCCAUGCAAGGGCAAAAAUCAAACGGUGCAUUGUUCGGGGUCUGCUGUGAUAAUUCUCGAGAUGCAGGAAGCUAGGAUAAAUGAGAGGAUAGAGCACCAAGUGCAGUUGAACCGGAAUACAUACGAGUCACUGUUGACAGAUGCUUUACAACCAGCUUCUCUGAAUCUCUGCUCUUCUGCAGUAACAAUUCGACAAUCAAUCAAAAUGUUGCAGUCUCAACUCCAGUGUAACCCUGCAACAGCAGAACUUGGUGUCGAGCUAUUUUACUACAUAUUAUCCCUGAUGAACGAGGAAAUGAAUGCUUACCCACCAACAAAAACGUUGUUUUCGACUUGCUUGGAAAAUUUGGGACAGUCGCACAUUUGCGGUGUGGAGUACGAGAUGCCGAGACUGCUGCAAAAAAUUCUGAAAGAACCGAACUGCGGACAAUAUUUGGCGCCGCACUUUUGUCCCAGCAAUGUUGGCUCUGCGAAUUUGUUGCUCAUGUACUCGACAAUAUGCAAAGAAAUGGGCCAGAAGUACGAUAUCGCAUUUGCCUUGUUAUCAAAGUUUGAAAUCGAUAAUUGGCUGAACAAUAAGACACCGAAGUUGAGCCAAAGGUCCCAGUUCAUACAGUCCGUGAUAAAAGCGUUGACCACGCUGGGGUUCGAACCGCCCACGGACUCCUCGACGUUGCACGGACUGUACCGGAAACACUUGCUCACCGUGUUCGAACACCAAUUCCCGGAGCAUUACGGUGAGAUACUGUUGCAUCUUCUGAAAGGCAGCACGGGGAAUCCGGAGAGCAACCUGCUUGCGCUGUCUGUGUGGAUGGACGUGUUGAAUUCUCUGGCUCGGCCUGUCGUCUUGAAUAUAAAGUCUCCUCUAAGGGACCAGCUCAGGCAAUAUGCGCAAAAUCGCCAGGUUCUGCAACACCAAGAACUGCUGGAAACUGCUGAAUUGUUGUCGAAACAUUUCACUCAAGAAAGACUCCAGUAUGGCAUCUACGGGCUAUACCCCAAAUGCCGGAACUACAUGGACGUUUUCGUGAUCCUUUUGGGACUGAUAGGGCAUGGAAUUAUCGUCAGUAUGAUUGACACCCAUCAAGGUUUGUUAGGGGAUAAAUUGUGCGAAAAGAUCUGGCCGUGUAUCAGAGACAUGUUCGCCCCUUGGCUGGUGCCUUAUUCAAUGCAGAAUUUGAAAGAGAACAUGGCCUCGUGGAUACAACAGCUCGCCGAUGACCGAACAGUGUUGCUGCCUUGGAUCUCUGCCGAUGUCAGUUUCGCUCAAAAAACCCUCGGAGCUUUUCGUGAAUGUAUUUCUUUCGUCAUUCACACUUUACCAGCUUCUAGUAGUAUUUUGAGCUACAUUUGGCAGUGGUAUGUUGCGUGUUAUGCACAUAGUUCUGUAAAAGACCACAUAUUGUUACCGGUACAUCAGACAUUUUUGACAUUUCCUUGGUACAACUUCUGGCCAUCCGUUGUCGACGUUGAAUGCAUGCUUAAGGUAGUCGAACAAUACUUGCCCGAAUGCCACUCCUUCUUGGGCCACAUUUUCAUGUCCGUCUCUUGGUCCAACUGGUUGAACAACUUCUCAAACGCCCCCGCCCAACUCAAAAGCCGCGUCUACCAGUGCUUCAUCAGCCUCGUCGUCAAACUGUGCAACGAGCCCAACGUGAGGAAGAACUAUGCCGACCAGGCCAAGUCCGUUUUGGCGCAGGCUGAGAACUUCGAUUGGACCGUCUUGGACGUGUCUUUUUAUCAGCACGUGAUGGACUGGUUCGUCAUGAGUUGCGAUUCGUCGGUCAUCUUCAGAACCGACCCUCUCGACUUGGACUAUAGAGUAUUGCACUUCCUGAAAACCGUAGCACUUUACAAAACUCGCCUACCUGUCACAACCAGUGACACCUUACCCAGAAGACUGAUCUACGUUAAAACUUAUACAAAAUUGUUAUCGGUGUACAGUAAUAGACAUAAGAAUAACGUGCAGCGGAAAGAACAAGAAAUAUUCGUCCUCGUAUCUAGACAACUCAACGAUUUGGAAUGUGUAGUUGAACAAGCAGAGGAAAUGACUGUAUUACUGGCGGAACUGGAAGGGAUACUGAAUAUCGACAACAUUGAAUUGAUCGCUUUGAAAUCGUUCACGAAAUGGAUCGAAAACAAAACCGGAAACGGAAUAAUAGUUAGCUCUCUAUUGAAAAGUCUGGGGAUGGCUGUGAGAGAUCCUGGAAUUCUAGCGGAGCUACUGGAAGUUACUAUUACAAGCUAUUUCAUGAAUACAAUUUCAGAUGAGUUUGAACCGACUUGGAGAGAAGUAAGCGGGUUGUUGACUGUCCUAGCUUCAAAACAGACUGAAUUAGAACGAGCGUUGCUCAGUAAGGGCUGUCUUUUGACCUUGAACGCCAUUUUUGUACAGAGGAUAUCGAAUUGCAAUGAUGUGGGAGCCCUGUUGAAUUUGUGCCUCGAUUGGAUGGUCAAUACGAAAAUCAACGAAUCCACGGAACCGAAGAUGCCUCUGAUCUGGUGCGGCUUGCUGAUGUUGGUGUCGCAACAUUCCGAGAAGGACGAGCAAUUUUGCGCUGUCGUCUUGCACAAGUUCGCGCAGAUCCUGUUGCAGACGUCUGAGGACAAGGGUGGCAGCAGAUGGGGCAGGGGGUUGCUCACCGCCAUCGGCCUCAGCAAACAGGCGAAUUUGUCGCUCAAUUUCAAGUUUCUUUGUCGAGCUCUUGCAGGAUAUUUAUUGGCGCAGCUACCAGAAAUGAAAGGAGAGCCGCAGGUGAUCAGAAGAGUUCCUAACGCGUCUGCCAGGGUUGGUCAAGCAGGCGGUAAUACAGAGUGUGUCAAAGUACUGUUGACUUUGGAUUUCGGACAGUCCCAGGGAAAAAUCAAAGAGAGUGCAGAAUUGGCUCUCAAACAAAUCCAGGAUGCUAGUAAUUCUUUACAUAAUGCUAGAAAAUUCGUUAUGCUACUUGUCAAGCAGUUUUAUACAAAACCAUAUCUGAAGGACAUAGGGUAG